AUGACCAAUCUAUAUGGUAAUACAGGCCUCACUGCUGCCGCUUGCCAAGUUUACUAUAAUGAUAAACGAUUAAACGGUUCUAAGAUAUCCGGCUUUGACGUAACCGCUAAUCUUGAUGAUGAUGAUAUUAUCGUCAGUUUUUAUGCGAAAACUACAGGUUAUUCACAUGGAUGGGUUGUAUUUCAGACGAAAAAAGGCAAAAUUUACCGAUGUCAUCUUGUUGGUAUUCCUGGUCAACUUAUUAUUCGUGUCGAAGAUUCAGAAUGGAAGACGGAUGGUUUUAAAGUUUCUUCAUUAACACAAGAACUAACUUGGAAAAUCUUCAAAAGUCAUAUAAGAGUCGUGAUUAAAGACUGGGGUGAAUAUAACUGCGGCUUUCAUGAUUGUCGCCAUUUUGCUGAAGACGUUGAUAACUACCUAAAACGUCAUUGCUAA